CCGGCUCAUACUGAUACAACGUCCUUUAGUCCUUCCCUCCAUCACCUCCACCACAUCUGGUCUGAAGAGCUCCUCGGUUUCCCAGUGUCACUCUUCCACUUGGCAGUUCAAGCGCGCCUCGUGCUCUCCUCUGACUGGUAUAAUGCAGUUGCUGUGGGCGUUGGCGUCGGCCGCGGCGCUACUGACGUCGUCCGGCUCCGUCUCGGGGGCUGCCGUCGACCCCAAGGACAAGGGCGAGCCACUCUUCCCCGACGGUCACCCCAACAUCACGUACCUGACGGACAAGAACUGGGACGAGCACAUGGCCAAGACGGACAAGCCAUGGAUCGUCGACUUCUACCACCCUUUCUGCCCGCACUGCAAGCACUUUGCGCCUGCAUACUUCGAGCUAGCAGCCUACUACAAGGAAAAAGGCAACAUUUAUGUCGGAGCAUUGAGCUGCAUGGACCACGUCAAGUGUCGUCGCGUGGGUAUUACUGGUUUCCCGACUCUGAUGACGCUCAACUUCGACAAGAAGAACCCCAAGAAGGAGAACAAGCGGAUCAUCGGCACUCAUACUGUACAGGAAGUGAAAGACUAUGUGAACAGUGUAUUCGCUGAAGCUGCCUUCAACGAGACGGGCACCUGGCCGCCCGGAUACGUUUCUCCGGAGCAGAAGGCCAAGGAGGAAGAGGAAAAGAAGAAGAAAGAAGAAGAAGAGAAGAAAACCGCUGAAAUCAAAGCCGCAUCCAACGGAAAGGAACCUCCCAAGGCUACAGAGACCCCGAAGCCGGCUAUUUGGGAGGAAUCCACGCUCCCAAUGAACCAGACUACGCGUAUCCAGGACGCUGCUUCGGCCUUCGUGUUCGGCCUCAAACAGGGCGCGUUUAUGGCCAGCGACGUUAUGGAUGACGAGGAGUUUGAUGCGCUUAAGGGCUGGCUGAAGAUGGUGUCCGAGACAUUCCCUGGAGCGAUUAACCGGAAGGUUAUCCGACCUUUGUACGAGAAGGUGAAGGAUAAGGAACUGCUGGACUUUGACACGUGGGAUGCCAUCGUUAAAGAGUGGCAGGAGGGCUCAGUUGCCGCCUUUAAGGCAGAGGAAGAACGGUAUGACUUUACCGGUAUUACCGUUCCUGAAUGGCAGCGUCUGGACAAUCUGUUCAUGGGUCAAGGAGCCACUUACCGUGCCUGUGCGUUGUAUACGUGCGGUCAAUGGAACAUGUUCCACAUGCUGACGAUGAACCCUCCUGAGACCGGUACACGCAGUGCGGAGCUUAUGGUGUCUGUCGUUGCAUCCAUCCGUCGCUUUAUGAAGCAUUUCUUUGGUUGUGUGAAUUGCCGUGACCACUUCUUGAAGGAGAAUACGAUCGAAGCAGUCAAGAAGAUCAAGGCCGCAGAGGAUAAGCCUUUAGCUUUGCGUCGUUGGCUGUGGGAACAGCACAACUCGGUCAAUAAGCGUCUGCAUCACCCUAUUUGGCCCAAGCCCGAGAUUUGUCCUACUUGUGGCACUGAAGCUGCGUGGGAGAUGGUGGAAGUGGACAAGUGGAUGAGCAGGACCUAUGCUUACCGUGACGUUAGCGUUCCUCUGGUUAAAUUAGCGGUAACUGCCCCCAUGACCACAGCUGCAGCUCUACGCAAGGUGACUGAUGCUCCAGCAGUUAAUAAGGAAGAGACGGAGGCUCCUAAGCCGACUGCUGCUGUGGAAGCGAAGCCGCAGACAACAGGACCAACCGCUGUAGAGCCUGAAGGUGGCUACGAGUACCGCCAGAAGGACGCUGAGCUCGGUAUCAAGAACGCCGCCAACACUUUGGACCUUGUUGCAGACACGAAGACGAAGCCCAAGGACGGUCUACAAGGUGUUAGUGCUCCACCUGUGACGCUGUUCGCUUGGUACAUUCUCCCCGUUGCAGCUGUGGGCGGCUACCUGUUAUUCGUGCGCUCCCGUUCCAAGCAGAAGGCUUACCGUCAAGUUCCCCGUAACUGAGACGAUUAGAGUAUUUCUAAACUCUAAUUUAGAAAAAGGGUGCUGACAUACUCUAUCCAGGAACUUAGAAGCCCAACGGGUAGGACGUUCUUCUUGACAGCACAGAACAUGCACGCUUUGUACACUGCAUGCCUGGACUUCAUACGUGUAAAUGCCUAAGAACUUUAAAGCUAAACAGCGCAAAGUGUUUUCUAUCAAAUCAUAGUCCUA